CAUGUCCUCAAAGGGAGAGCAGAUCUGAGCCCUCAUCCUCUGAAGUGAGAAAUCUCAUCUCUCACUACAGACCUGCAGGGCCCAGGAGAGCUCGACCCACCCAGGCACACUACAGCAGCAGAAAUGGCUUGGGACACAAGAGUAUGGAAGCAGAUGUUUCAGGAGUUAAUGCGGGAGGUGAAGCCAUGGCACAGAUGGGCCCUGACGCCAGACAGGGGCCUUCGUCCUGACGUCCUGAAGCCAGGGUGGAUGCAAUACCAGCAGUGGACCUCCGCCAGGUUCCAGUGUUCCUCCUGCUCUCGCAAUUGGAACUCUAGCCAAGUUCUGGUCCUUUUCCACAUGCACUGGAGUGAGGAGAAGUCCAGGGGCCAGGUGAAGAUGAGGGUGUUUACCCAGGGAUGUAAGAAGUGCCCCCAACCUCUGUUUGAGGCCCCUGAGUUCACGCAAGAGAACACCUCAAGGGUCCUGAAAAACCUGGUCUUCCAAAUUCUGAAGAAAUGCUAUAGAGAAAGAUUUCAGUUGACAGAGGAGGUUCCUGUGAUCAAGGACAUCUCUCUGGAAGGGUCCCAUGAUAGUGACCACUGUGAGGCAUGUCUGCAGGGUUUCUGUGCUCAGCCCUUACAGGUUAUGAACCUCCCCCAAUCUUGGACCCCAAGAGUAUACUCCAUUUACAACGUGGAGGAGGGAGUCGAGCCCUGGCCCUCAAGAGAGAAUGAUUGUUCCAAUGUAUGCCAGAACCACACCUGUAGGAACUUAAGCAUUUCCUGCUUAAGUUGUGUCAUUCUCAUUGUUAUCGUGAUCAUUGUUGUAAAAACUACUAUAUGAGCCUUGGAAACACGAUGCCAAGUGGAAAAAAAAUCAGAUGCAAAAAGUCA